AUGCCUUUCGAGUGUAGUGCCAAAUACGACAAUCAAACAAUUUUUGAGUACUCAAGCGAAGGUCUGGACAGUGGGAAACGUGGUGACGAGAAUCUGUUAGACUCGUGGGGCAAGUACCAUGAGCACACCCACGAUUAUGCUGAUACCAUGAAAAAUGCCGCUUCAAAGAAAAGGGCAGCUAGCUUGAAGAAUUUUGAGCGUCAGCAAAUCACACCUGAUAACUCCGAUAAUGAGAAGAACGAGGUACGCAUCGAGUCGGGCAGGCCCCCAAAGUUGAGGCACAUUGAGACUGCAGAAAUUUUGGAUGAGUACUCGAAUGAUUCCGAGAGCGAUUCUGAAGGCUACAUUGAGGUCUUAGACGAUGACGAAGAAAGCUUGUCAGAUGCUACUGCUGAGACCGAUAUGGAUGUGCAAUCUGUCGUCAGCGUUGAAUCGAAAUCAAAAACAAUUGUACACAAUGAUACUAAGACGGAAUCGAGUGCCCCCACUGCCGUGAGUGUCGAUGUUGGUGCAAUGGCUGCGAUGGUUGGCGGUUUCCUCUGCGCUACUGUGUAUCUUUGGAGAGGUAACAAGCAAAAAGCCAAGGAAUCCAUGGCUCUCUUCACCCGCGGAUUCAAUACUGUCUGUGACAGUAGAUAA